AUGCCGAGGCGGGGAGGUAAGGAAGAGGGAGCGGUCUUUGCGGUCACCGGGCUAUCGCUAAGGAGGCAUGUACGGUUCUCCUUGUUCGUGUUUUUCUUGAACGCUGUUUGUGGUCAGAUUCGAUAUUCCAUACCAGAGGAGAUGAAAAUGGGCUUGUUAGUUGGGGAUGUUGCAAAGGAUUUAGGUUUAGAUCUUAAAAGGUUGUUUUCUGGCCAUGCGAGGCUGGUUAUUGACGGUCGGAAACAGUACCUGGAACUGAACAAAGAAUAUGGGCAGUUGGUGGUUAGAGAAAGGAUUGACAGAGAAGAGCUGUGUGGACAGAAAUCUCCCUGCAGUUUCAGUCUCGAGAUGGUUCUGGAAGACCCUCUGGAGUUGUAUGUCAUCACCAUCCAAGUCCAGGACAUCAAUGACAAUUCGCCCGCAUUUUCAGAAAAAGAAAUCCGGUUGAAUAUUAGCGAGUCCGCUUUAAUCGGGACCCGCUUCCUAUUAGAUAGCGCCGUGGACCCAGACGUGGAUGUAAAUUCUCUGCAGAGCUAUACACUCAAACCUGCAGAUAAUUUUGUUCUGAAGCAGCACAGCCAUCCGGAUGGCACUAAAUAUGCUGAAAUGGUGUUGCAGACGCCGUUAGACAGAGAAAAUCAGGACAAACUUUCUCUAAUAUUGACCGCGGUCGAUGGGGGCAACCCGCAGAUGUCGGGGACAGUUAGAAUGCUCGUCACAGUGCUGGAUGCAAACAAUGCCCCGGUUUUCUCGGAGGAAAUAUACAGAGCUGUACUGGCUGAAAGUACUCCGAAAGGGACUUUGGUGACCACAGUAAACGCGGUGGACGCAGACGUAGGUUUGAAUGGAAACGUCACGUACGCAUUCACGCAUGCUGAUGAGAGCGUUCGACGGAGGUUUCAGUUAAAUUCAAAUACUGGAUAAAUCAGAGUAGCGGGUCAAACAGACUACGAGCUAGUGAAUCAGUAUGAAAUAAAUAUACAGGCACAUGACACCUGGGGGCUGACCGGCUCUUGUAAACUCGUUAUUGAAAUGAUGGACGUGAACGAUAAUAGCCCCCAAAUAACUAUGACGUCAUUCUCUGGGAAGAUUGCUGAAGACUCAACGCCAGGUACAGUCAUAACGUUAAUCAGUGUUCAGGACUUAGACUGUCGUAAAAACGGUCAGGUCCAUUUGUAUAUUGACCAAAGCCUUCUCUUUAAAAUAAAGUCAUCACUCAGAAACAACAUGCUGGUGACCGACGCGGUUUUAGACCGGGAAAAGAUCUUGAAGUACAACAUUACAAUUUCUGCCGUUGACAAGGGGUUGCCUUCGCUCUCUAGCAAGAAAUCUGUUAUCCUGGAAAUUACUGAUAUUAAUGACAACACGCCAGAUUUUGAACAAAACGCGUACAGCUCUCGGGUGAUGGAGAACAAUCCCCCUGGAAUGUCUGUUCUCGCGGUUUGAGCGACGGAUCCUGACUGGGGUCAAAAUUCGCAGGUCACUUAUUAUCUUAUUAACAGCGCAGUAAACGGAAUCCCAGCUUCUGAUUACUUUUCUGUUAACUCAGAGAAUGGAAUAAUUCACUCCGUGCAUUCACUUGACUUUGAACAAAUCAAAGAAUUUCAAAUCUAUGUUAGGGCACAGGAUGGAGGUUCACCACCACUUAGCAGUAAUGCAGCAGUUGUGAUUUAUAUCCAAGACCAGAACGACAACGCGCCUCAGAUCCUCUACCCAGUACAGACUGGCGUCUCUCUGGUGGCUGAAAUGGUGCCUCGUUCAGCAGAUGUCGGCUAUCUUGUCACUAAAGUGGUCGCUGUUGAUGUGGACUCUGGACAGAACGCCUGGCUCUCAUAUAAGCUGCUGAAAGCUGCAGACAGGGCGCUGUUUGAAGUGGGCUUGCAGAAUGGAGAAAUAAGAACUGUACGCCCGGUCACUGAUAAAGAUGCUGUGAAACAGAGACUUGUUGUUGUAGUGGAGGACAACGGGCAGCCCUCUCGCUCGGCUACAGUUAAUGUUAACGUGGCGGUGGCCGACAGCUUCCCGGAAGUGCUCUCGGAAUUCACGGACUUUACGCACGAUAAGGAUUACAACGACAACCUGACUUUUUAUUUAGUCUUGGCCUUGGCUGUAGUUUCCUUCCUCUUCAGCUCAUCUUUAGUAGUUAUUAUAUCAGUAAAAGUCUACAGAUGGAGACGAUCUCGCAUCUUCCAUCAGUCCAAUCUCCCGGUUAUUCCGUAUUACCCACCCCAUUACGCAGACGCUGGAGGGACAGGAACCCUCCAGCACGUGUACAAUUACGAGGUGUGCAGGACAACUGACUCGCGGAAGAGUGACUGUAAGUUCCUCAGGCCCUGUAGUCAGAGCGUGCUGAUGGUGGACCCCUGUUGUACAGACACCAUGCAGCACACGAUGAAGGAGAAAAACAUUCUGGAUGCAUUAGACUCUACUGAACAGGUGAGAUUUGGGUUAUUUUCCUUCUGUUUUUCAGAUUUCACACUUGAUAUCCAGGCCAUAAUCCAUAACUUUAUUUUCAUGUUUAGUUCCACAGUUGUGCAGUUGUGUGAUUUUUGCACCAGGUGGAGGUGUGGUGGUGAUGUGUUUACACAAAUAUUUUUUCUCACCUUGGUCUAUUGUGUUCCUAAAGGCUUUUCCUGUUUUAGAAGUUCUCCAGUCUCAGGGCUGGUGUAUGGAUUUCAGCACCAUUUACAUACACCUUUUAUUUAGUCUUGGCCUUGGCUGUAGUUUCCUUCCUCUUCGUCUUAUAAAAACAGAACUGAGGACUAAGCACUGCGUAUGAUGGAAAUACUAUUGGGCAGAAAAAUGCUGGGGAGGAGCAGUAAUGUCUACAGAAGCAAUUGAGUGUCUGUUAAAAGGAGGAGCAGCAGAAAUGUUGAACUGAGCAGUUGUGGUUGAGUAUCUUUGUUUAAAGGAGGAGCAGCAUGUUGAACUGUAGCAGUUGAGUAUCUUUGUUUAAAGGAGGAGCAGCAUGUAGAACUGAAGCAGUUGAGUAUCUUUGUUUGAGAAGGAUCAGCAUGUUGAACUUUAGCAAUUGUGUAUCUUUUUUUGAGGAGGUGCAGCAUGUUGAACUGUAGCAGUUGAGUAUCUUUGUUUGAGGAGGUGCAGCAUGUUGAAUUGAAGCAGUUGCAUGUCUUUGUUUGAGGAGGAGCAGCAUGUUGAACUGUAGCAAUUGAGUAUCUUUGUUUGAGGAGGUGCUGCAUGUUGAACUGAAGCAGUUGUGGUUGAGUAUCUUUGUUUAAGGAAGAGCAGCAGCAUGUUGAACUGUAGCAGUUGAGUAUCUUUGUUUGAGGAGGUGCUGCGUGUUGAACUGAAGCAGUUGUGGUUGAGUAUCUUUGUUUAAAGGAGGUGCAGGUCUAUUCUAAUGUAUCCCAGCACUGUUCUUCCUGGGCCUGAGCCCUGUGACUGUCUGAUUGGGCCUGGGGCUCCUGCUCACUGCACUGGUGCUGUACACACCGUGUCGCUGUGACCUUCACUCUGUGCAGUCUGGCUGCACACUCAUCAUUUACUCAAGAGCUUUGCUUCUUCGGUUUCCUCCACAUGUUUGGGGUGAGUGUGUGUACAGUGCAAAACAAACACAACUAAUGAGAAACUAAAAAUAAGAAUUUGGAAAAAGACAUCAGCCAUUUUCCUGUGAUUGAAAAAUGACUUGGAUAGGAAGCAAAAUUGAUAGUGUGCAUUAAGAUUAGCAAGAUGAAAAACACAGAAGAGUGGAAAACAACAGAUGAGAAACUAUAUUAGAAUAAUAUUUAUAUUGUGAUGAGUUGCUUUAUUUCGUUUAUAAGCGUGGCAGUUGCCAGAAACACUGUGUUCGAGAGCGGAGUUUUAUGAAGCAGUUCCUGCAGUUAUUCCAGUCUGGUCGCUGCGGUAACGAGCUGCUGUCCGUCUCCGUGGUGCUGAAAUGGAGCGCGAGCGCUCCCUGCUUGUACAGCAGAGCGAGUGAGCGCGAGUCCAGAACAGGCGGUCUGUUACUCGGAUAUAAAUACAUCACCCAACUGACUGAGAUAGAACUGCAAUUAGGCUUAAUAAAUAGCUAAAUUCCACCCGUACGUGUUUGAUUUUUUUUUAUUUUCAGUUAAAUGUAAUUCUUUAAAAUAUCCUGUUAUUUUGUUUAUUAAACGUGGAUGGCAUAUAAAUCUGUAUACAUCAACAAUAAUAAAUA